GAGGGAACCUCAUACCGGCUGUGUGAUGCGUAGCGGGGCUCUGCUGGCUGAACAUCACUUGGAUGGGAUAAAACCUGCCGGUGGUCACAUUUAACCUGCUUAUUGUGUGUGCGCGUGCCGCGAGGACUGAGAAAUGCUCUUGUAGCGCGAGCGCGAAUGACAUUUAUCGUGUUUGCUUCACAGAAUUAUCACCCCUAACUUGGAGCCGUUUGGACGUUGAGCAAGUUGUUUUUUUUUUAUUUCCUUGAAUUCCAUUUGAGGACGACAUGGAGAGCGAAAAGUACUUACCGGAGCUUAUGGCGGAGAAGGACACGCUGGAUCCGUCUUUUCAACACUCCCUGCGGCUACUGGAUCAAGAAAUUGAAAAAAUUCAGAAAGAUGAAGGGAAGGAAGAGGAGAAGUUCAUUGACGUCGUCAUCAACAAGAACAUGAAACUGGGCCAGAAAGUUUUAAUACCAGUCAAGCAGUUUCCCAAAUUUAACUUUGUCGGCAAACUCCUCGGGCCACGCGGGAACUCGUUAAAGAGACUACAGGAGGACACUCUCACAAAGAUGUCAAUUCUCGGAAAAGGAUCCAUGAGAGACAAAGAAAAGGAGGAAGAGCUACGGCAGAGCGGCGAGGCCAAAUACCACCACCUGAACGAAGACCUGCAUGUCCUUAUCGAGGUGUUCGCCCCGCCAGCUGAGGCUUAUGCCAGGAUGGGUCACGCUCUGGAGGAGAUCAAGAAGUUUCUCAUACCAGAUUACAAUGAUGAGAUCAGACAGGCCCAGCUGCAGGAACUCACAUACCUGAACGGCGGCUCGGAGGAUGCCAAGGUGCCAUCGGUGAGGGGCAAGUCAGCUGCCCGUGGAAGAGGGACACCUGUUCCGGGGCCUCCCAGGACUCGAGGAGGAGUUCCUCCCCUGCAUGCGGCCGUGCCCCGAGGAGCAGCCCCCAGAGGAGCCCUGCCUAGCCGUGCUCCAUCUUCCAGAGGGAGGGGGGUUCAGAGAGCCAGAGGCGCCCCACCAACCCCCGGAUACCGGGCGGCUCCGCCCAUAGUUCAGGACACAUAUGGAGAAUAUGAAUACGACGACGGAUACGGAACAGCUUACGAUGACCAAGGAUACGAAUCGUACGACAACAACUACAGUAACCAAGGACAGAACUCAGAUGACUACUAUGAAUACGGACACAGCGGGGAAUCAUAUGAGUCAUAUGGUCUGGAAGAGUGGGCAAACAAUCGUGGCAAGGCGCCGCCAGCACGAUCAACCAAGGGAGUGUACAGAGAUCAGCCAUACACCAGAUAUUGAACUGUUUAUACAACCCGCACCUGAGUCCUCAUGGCUGUUUCAACCCAAGUAAUGGAUUUUUUAUGGACGCUCCCACCUUUUUAGUAUUGAAAACUAAAAAUAACACAAAUGAAAUAGCGAGACACUGAAUGGGUAAAAACUGGUUUCCAAAUAAAAAAAAAUGG